CCUCCUAGCCGCCGCCGCCUCUUCUCCUGUAUGAGUCAGGCAUUUCCCGGGGAUUCGGAGCAGCCACGCGCGGCCCGGACGCCCGGAGCCCCAGCCGCCGCCAGGAGCGCCAGCGCCUCCCGGUUGUGCACGGACCAUGGAGAGGGCGGCCCCGGGCGCGGACGGCGCGGGCAGCGACAGCGGCAGCCGCAGCAGCAGCCGCGCCACCUCGGCGGGCUCCUCGCCCUCCUGCUCCCUGGCGGGCCGCGGCGUCUCCGGCCGGGCGGCCGCAGCCGGGCCGGGCGGCGGGGGCAGCCGCAGCAGUCCGGGUUCGGUGGCCGCCAGUCCGUCCGGGGGAGGCGGCCGCAGGCGGGAGCCGGCGCUCGAGGGCGUGCUCAGCAAAUACACCAACCUCCUGCAGGGCUGGCAGAACAGGUACUUUGUACUGGAUUUUGAGGCUGGCAUCCUGCAGUACUUUGUGAAUGAGCAAAGCAAACACCAGAAGCCCCGAGGAGUCCUGUCUUUAUCCGGGGCCAUCGUGUCUCUGAGUGACGAAGCUCCCCACAUGCUGGUUGUGUACUCUGCUAAUGGAGAGAUGUAUAAACUGAGAGCUGCUGAUGCAAAAGAGAAACAGUUUUGGGUGACUCAGCUUCGAGCCUGUGCCAAAUACCACAUGGAAACGAGUUCUAAGACUACUCCAAGCUCCCGAAGCCGAAGUCUCACUUUGCUCCCCCACGGAACACCCAAUUCUGCGUCUCCCUGUAGCCAGAGACACCUCGGUACGGGGGCCCCCGGUGUUGUCACAAUCACGCAUCACAAGUCGCCUGCAGCUGCCCGAAGAGCCAAGAGUCAGUAUUCCGGCCAGCUUCAUGAAGUCAGAGAGAUGAUGAACCAGGUGGAAGGACAACAGAAGAACCUCGUGCACGCCAUCGAGUCUCUGCCCGGGUCCGGCCCCCUCACUGCCUUGGACCAGGAUCUGCUGCUCCUGAAAGCUACCUCGGCUGCCACCCUCAGCUGCCUCGGGGAGUGCCUCCACUUGCUACAGCAGAGCGUGCAGCAGGUGGGCCAGCCCAGCCACAAGCCAGGGGCCUCAGAAAACAUCCUGGGAUGGCACGGGCCCAAGUCACAUUCCACAGAGCAGUUGAAAAAUGGGACGUUUGGCUCUUUGCCGUCAGCCAGUGCCAGUGUAACCUGGGCAGUUCUACCAGACUCUGCUGAAGAUGAACCCAUGUUCCAGCCAGAGCCAGAGCCAAACUCUGGCCCUGAGUUGGUUUUGUCCGAAGAUGAGAGAAGCGACACUGAAGACACAGAAGAGACAGAGCUGGGUGUCAUGGAGGAUCAGCGCAGUGUGAUUCUGCACCUCAUCUCACAGCUCAAACUUGGCAUGGACCUGACCAGGGUGGUGCUUCCCACUUUCAUUCUGGAGAAGCGAUCCUUGCUGGAGAUGUAUGCCGACUUCAUGGCGCACCCUGACCUCCUGCUGGCCAUCGCGGCCGGUGCCACACCGGAGGACAGAGUCAUUUGCUUUGUGGAAUAUUAUCUCACAGCCUUCCAGGAGGGCCGCAAGGGGGCCUUGGCCAAGAAGCCCUACAACCCCAUCAUCGGGGAAACGUUCCACUGCUCCUGGGAGGUUCCCCAGGACAGGGUCAAGCCAAAGAGGACUGCUCCCCACUCUCCCACCGGCCAUGAACCCCCGAUGGCUGAUGACUCUUCUAAAAGCUACAAACUAAGGUUUGUGGCUGAGCAGGUGUCCCAUCACCCUCCCAUCUCCUGCUUCUACUGUGAGUGCAAGGAGAAGAGACUGUGCAUCAACACUCACAUAUGGACCAAAAGCAAGUUCAUGGGCAUGUCCGUUGGGGUCUCUAUGAUUGGGGAAGGUGUGCUGAGGCUCCUGGAACACGGGGAGGAGUACGUGUUCACCCUGCCGAGUGCCUACGCUCGCUCCAUUCUCACCGUCCCGUGGGUGGAGCUUGGAGGAAAAGUCAGCGUCGCCUGUGCCAAGACGGGGUACACAGCAACGGUGACAUUCCACACGAAGCCUUUUUAUGGAGGGAAAGUCCACAGGGUCACAGCAGAAGUGAAGCACAAUCCAAGCAACACCAUUGUUUGUAAAGCCCACGGGGAGUGGAACGGUACCUUGGAAUUCACCUACAGCAAUGGGGAGACCAGGGUCAUCGACACGACCGCACUGCCGGCGUAUCCGAAGAAGAUCAGACCUCUGGAGAAGCAGGGGCCCAUGGAGUCCAGGAAGCUCUGGCGGGAGGUGACGCAACACCUGCGGCUGGGGGACAUCGACGCUGCCACCGAGCAGAAGCGGUGCCUGGAGGAGAAGCAGCGGGCGGAGGAACAGAAGCGGGAGAACCUCCGCACACCGUGGCAGCCCAAGUAUUUUAUCCAGGAGGGUGAUGGCUGGGUGUACUUCAAUCCCCUUUGGAAGGCACACUGACCUGGUGGAGGUGCAGAGCUCUCAGAGCCCUGUUUUUGUAGGAAUCCAAGUGGAAUAGUAUUAAGGUUCUGCUGGUAUUCACUGAGACGUCUUGAUAACAUUCAAGAAAUGGCACUUGAGAGAGAAAUUACAUACUGUGAAAAAUGCACCCCCUAAUUCUACCAUUGGAUUGAAUUUAUUCAAGAGCCAUUUGGGGCAUGUGUGUGUGCAUACGUCUGUGUGUGAGCUCUCGGCACACUGUAUGUUCACGCACGUGCACUACAUGUACAUGUCUGCUAGGUGUCAUUACAUGUAAAUACGGCACUUAACAAGAUUUAAGUGGGUCAUUAUGAGCUCCUUUUUAUCAAUAAGGUUUGAAGUUUUCUAUUUUUCACUUUGCCAAAAAUGUUUUGCACUCACCAGGGUGUUCUCACAUGGCCAACUCCCAUCGAAACAGAGGUGAAGUGGUACAGCCUCGUGGACAUCCACGGGGUAGAAAGCGGCUCAAUCCUGGUAAAGCAUAGGUGGCUCUCAUUCCAUAAUGACUGUUGUGAUUCCCACCUUCCCUCCCCUCUUCAACAUUUCAUUUUUCUAUACUCAAGAAAGAGAAACUGCUGUUCGCUGCUGAGCGGAGGGUGGGCAGGAAGCGGUUACAGAUUGAUGUCAGAGCCUUCCAGGACGGAGCGCCUCCGGGAGAACCUUGGCAUUUUCCUCCCAUCUACUUGCCCCAGAUCUUUUCAUGCUCAACAUGCUAGUCAUACAUGUUUUUCAAAAGCUGCUGCUUUUACAGUAGAGAAAUCACAUGGAGACUUCACUACUUACGUGAUUAAAAAAGGGCUUUUAGAAAUUUAAUACACGCAUGCAUAUACAAACAUGCACAGCCACGGCGUCAAUUUUGUAUGUAGUUUGGGGAAAGAGAAAAGAAUUUCCUGUGGAAUGUUUUUUUUUAAAGUGCAGCUCUUGUUUGACCCAAACUGCAAGAAAAUCACUGUGAUUGAAACAUACAUAAAACCUGACAAAUGUCCAUGGUUUCAGUUGAAUUUCAGUCCUCAAUCUUUACAAAUGAAGUCAAGAUAUGACUAGAAUAUAAAGCAAGGAAAAAAUGAGGUGUUUGAUUUUUGGCUCCAUGAUUAAUUUAUUUUUUACUGUGCCACUCUAAUGAAAAUAUUUAUAAAAUCCAGUAGCAUGAAUGCUUCUCUGUAGUAAUACUAAUUUUGUGCCUUUUGUCUGCUUUCUUAAGACCAAUUGUUCACACUUUGUAGAUAUUAGAUAAAUAUAUUUCGAUGAAA